CGUUUCAGAAUUUCAGACAGCUGAGCUAACUCGGCUAGCCCAGCUUCCUCCCCCUUCGACCUGCUGGUGACCGCCGGCUGCCUUGUACGACGAAUCUCCGCGCGAGUUCGGCCUAGCUCCGCAGGGAGUCUCGAAAUCUCCCCUUUGCCGCUGAGUCGAGGAAGAAGAUCGGCUCGGGUUCGCUUACUCGUUCGCUCGAGGACGAGAUUCAGCGGCGGGAUUGAUUCAUUGAUUGGGCGCGAGCGAGAGCGGAUGAAGGGGAAGAGCGGGGCUCUCGACAGGAGGUCGUCUGCGAGGUGGAGGCUGCUGCUGCUCUGCGCCUUCAGCUUCGGGCUCGGCAUGCUCUUCACCAACCGCUUCUGGACAGCACCAAAUGCCAAUAACCACAUCAUGUCCCAACGCAGGAGACAAGAUCAGGAGUUGCAACUUGUGUCAGAGGAUUGCAAUACAAAGAGGAAGCAUGAGGGGCACAAGGAUAUAAUGGGAGAGGUAACGAGGACCCAUGAAGCCAUACAAUUGUUGGAUAAGUCAAUCUCAACGCUGCAGAUGGAGCUUGCAGCAAAGCGAAGCACGUUGGAACUGGUCCGCUCUGGUGUGCCAGUAACUUCAGAAACUAGCCAACCAAGGAAAAAGGCAUUCGUGGUCGUUGGAGUUAACACCGCAUUCAGUAGCCGCAAGCGUCGGGAUUCAGUCCGGGAGACAUGGAUGCCUCAAGGUGAGAAGCUGUUGCAGCUUGAAGAACAAAAGGGAAUUGUUAUCCGCUUCACUAUAGGCCAUAGUGCAACAUCCAAUAGUAUAUUGGACAAAGCAAUAGAUGCAGAAGAUGCACAACAUCACGACUUCCUUAGACUGGACCAUGUCGAAGGGUAUCAUGAACUCUCCGCAAAGACAAAAAUCUUCUUCUCCACGGCCGUUAGCAUUUGGGAUGCUGACUUCUACGUCAAAGUCGAUGAUGAUGUGCAUGUGAACUUAGGAAUGCUUGCCACUACCCUUGCGAGGCAUAAAUCGAAACCAAGAACUUACAUUGGCUGCAUGAAGUCGGGCCCAGUUCUUGCUGACAAGAAUAUGAAGUACCAUGAACCUGAGGCCUGGAAAUUUGGGGAGGAUGGAAACAAGUAUUUUCGCCAUGCUACCGGACAGAUAUAUGCCAUCUCAAAAGAUCUUGCGACCUAUAUCUCAAUAAAUCAACCUAUCUUACACAAGUAUGCGAACGAAGAUGUAUCACUUGGGUCGUGGUUUAUUGGGUUAGAGGUUAAUCAUAUUGAUGAAAGGAACAUGUGCUGUGGAACUCCACCAGAUUGUGAGUGGAAAGGGCAAGCCGGCAAUAUGUGUGUGGCAUCCUUUGAUUGGAGCUGCAGCGGCAUAUGCAAGUCCGUCGAGAGGCUCAAGGAUGUACAUGCUCGAUGCGGCGAAGGCGAUUCUUCUGUUUGGAGUGCUCUAAUCUAGCUAAUGCCCUCCCUGGCGUAAAUAUGUAGCAUCCUCAGUAAACUCUGACGAUCGUGCCUCAGUGGCUACAACUGAAAUGACUGAAAUUGCACAAGACAGGUCAGAUGGACUAGAUUUCUGGUAGUUCGGCCUGAGGCAACACUUGUAGUGCAGUAGACGGGAAUUGCUUUGUGCCAUCACCGGUGACUUCAGUAGUGUUAGAAGGGAGACCAAAGCGUGUGAGCUCCUCAGCUGUUGUGUACCACAAAUUAGAGGAAAAUAUCAACGGCAAAUUUUGAUCAGUUCUUUUUAUGCCGGUUCCUUUUGUUUAUCCUUUGCCGGAACACCUGAAAAUAGGAUUCAGUUGUCAUGUUCUGUUUUUGCCUUGAAAGUUCAAUGCAACAUACCGUAAAAAAGUUCAUGAAA